UGGGGUGGGGAUUCGGCGUCGGCGGCGGCGGACGUCUGGACUAGGACGAAAUCCCUUAGAGUACAGAAACUCAGAUCAUUAUUAUCCACUAUCCGGGCCGUGCUGUAAUGUUGGACUUCCCGCCGGAUUAGUAUUUACGACAUUUACGUGCACAGUGUUACAGCGAAGCGCGCGGAACCGAUACGUUUUGUGUUAGUCCGACCGUUCGCGUUGUGCUUUUUGACCGGCGAACUGCCGUGUGCACGAUUAUAUUAUUUUUCGAAUUUAUACCUUUGUUUUGACGACACUCAAUUACGCUCCAGCGCCGCCGAGACGAUAUCGUUACAAUUUGAAUUAUUUUGAGACACCGAUUUCUUUUUUGAAUAUUGUUUUUUCAACGGUUUUUUUACAAAUCAUGAUUUUUUAUGGCUGAACUAAGUUCGGCGAAGCUUUUUGUAGAACCGCUACGCGCGUACAACAUACGCGUGUUAUCAAGAACCAGAAUGAAUACGUAUACCAAAAAGUAUGUCGAUAGCGUGUAUAAAAACAUCAUUUAUGACAAAUGUGAGGUUGUUUUGAUGAAACUCACUCCUGAAGACAUAGCAAAUUGUAGAUUGAGCUUAAUUAAAAACAAGGUAAAUACUAUACACAAGAAAGAUGAAAAUACAUUUAAAGACAAUAAUACAGCUAAAGAUAAUAAUACAGCAAAAGAUAAUAAUACAGCUAAAGACAAUAAUACAGCUAAAGACAAUAAUACAGCUGAAGACAAUAAUACUGCUAAAGACAAUAAUACUGCUAAAGACGAUAAAACAUCUAAAGGUGAUAAAACAUCUAAAGGUGAUAAAACAUCUAAAGGCAAUAAAAAGUCUAAAGUCGUUAAAACUUCCAAAGAUACUAAAACAUCUAAAGACAGAAAUACAUCUGUAGACGAGGAGCCUGCUAGAAAAAAACAGAAGUUGGAUGUAAGUGGAGUAGAUGUUUUGAAAUUAGUGUUAUCUCGAGAGGGUGAAACCGACAAAUUUAAAUCACAAUUUAAGUCUUCAUUAAAACCCAAUAAAGAAAUUGCUUCUACAUGUACUGAGGAGAUGCCCAUUGUAAUCGAUUGCGAAGAAUCCACUGAAUCUGCAGAGGCUACAGCUAAAAAAGUUUACCCAAUGAUUACGAUCGUGAAUCCUAAGAAAAUGAUGACACCAGAAAACUACCGUAGAUGGAUGAAAACAUUAAAUUAUGGAUCACAACCCAAACAAACAAAUUGCAUGACAAAGUUAGCAGUGGCUAAACCCUCUACAAGCGGGUCUAGCGGACCAUCAUCUUCAAAUUCUACCAAAGUCAAUGGAAUAAAACACCCUUUAAAUGGCAAAAACCAUGUAAAAGGAAAUUUGAUUGAAAUUGAAAAACUUUAUAAAAAGUAUUUUAGCAAGUCUGUACAAGAUACUAUUGUGAUUAUUGCAAAUAUACUGAAUAUAAUUUCCAUGUCAAACAAACAUCACAAAGCACGAAUGGAUGAAUCUUUUAAGAAAAGGUCGGAGGCCGAAAAACUUAAGGAAAGAUGUGAUGCCAACCGAUUACACGGGAGACAUAAAAAAAUUUUAGAAACAAAGCUAAAGAACAAUUUUAUAAACGUUGUGUCAUCUUUUGAAGAGUUGGAAUUUGACUCUGCUUUCCAAAUGUUCUUCUUAAGUAUACUAACUGUACUUCGAGUUUUGGAUCAACCAAAGUUCAGAAAAGGUAGCAUCUUCAAAAAUUUGGUACUUUUACUAUGGAAUAGUUUAAAAAACAGUGAAUAUAAUCAUCCUAAAAUUUUUGCGAUGUUUCGGUCAAAAACAUUUCGACCUGACUGCAUCGAUUUAAUAAGUCUAAUUGAAGAUAGUCGGGACAUUGAUCCCGGAGUCACCGAUCGUAUGUCAUUGUUUUUUGUGUCAACAGUCAACAGCCGAGAAUAUUUUCAAGCAGUUAUUGAUGCCGUCACCAGUGAUUCAAAUGAAGACCUUUCAUUAUUAAUUGAUAAUGCGACGUUUCAAUGUUGCAUAAAUUCGAAGUUCAAAGAUCCAGUCGAUUCACAAACUAUACUGCAUUCAAAUGUCAAAAUACCAGUUACACAAAGUAACAUAAACUCCGCUGAACCAAUUCAACACUGGUUCCUAGCCAAAAAUCCAGAUGGAACUUACCAACAAAUACCUCUGCUAAGUACUAAUAAGUCCCAAAUAAUUGGUAAUACCGCAGCAGAACCAUCAAUUGUAACAAGCCAGCCAAUAAAUAACUUCUAUGAAUCAUUCUCUUCUUCACUACAAAAAAGAACCUCUGAAUCUCCUACUUCUAAAGUGAUACCAACAAAAAAAUGUUUUGUUGUUACUUCAACUAUUACCAAUAGUCCUAUGAUUCAAGUAACAGCGACAUCACCAGAAACUGCAAAAUCAACACCAACACCACCAACAACAACAUAUGUGACUUUCAAACCGCCAAUUCUGAAUAAAAACGGUCCUCUUCAUAGAACUGAAGGCAGCACUAUUUUACUUGGUAAUAAACAGUAUCAAUUGGUUAAGGGGCCAACAGGUCAAAUGAGAGCAGUCGUCAAUGGUUCUAAUAUAUUUGUUAGAUCACCGCCACCCAGUAUCAAAUGCUACGCAAGUAAUUGUAACAUCCCUGCAACAAUAAUGUGCAGUAGCUGUACAACGGUGAAAUACUGUUCCCAUAACUGCCAACGACGUGACUGGUAUGAAAGUCAUAUAAAUGACUGUGAAAGAAUGCUGAUCAACAGGCAGCGUCGAAUCUAAGCCUUCCAUUACUUAUAUAUAUAAAUAAUUUUAAUGUGUUGUAUUUAUAUUAAAAGGUUUUUCAUGAAAAUAUUUUUGUAUAAAAAAAAAAUGGAUUGUAAUUUUAUA